AUGAGUGAAGAACCUAAAUUACCAAACAUAAGUGAAGUGGUAUUAAAUCCAGCCACAAUAUCGACUAAAAAUGAUCCAAUUAUUGAAUUUCCAUCAAGCUCCUCCAGCAAUCAACCAACUGCUUCCCCACCUCCCCGGACAGAGAGUUCCAAGAAAACCGAAGAUGAACAAGAUGAAAUUGUGACCAUUGAAAAUGUUACGGUGAAAUUCCGACUCGCGAUUAAUCAAGUCAUCGCCCAAGUCUAUCCAAAUUGUAUGACAUUGGGUGAAGUGAAAAUCGAUAUUGGACGUCGUUUUGAAGUGUCACCGGAUUUGUUGAAACUUUCUCAGCAAAAUCGUGAACUAUCGGAUGAAUGUCGUAUCCGUGAAACGGAAUGUGAUGAAUUUGGUAUACAUGAAUUUGCAUUGUCACUAAAGGCCAAUUUGGAGAAGCGUCAAAUUAUUUCGCCAAGUGAGGAAGAUGUUAGCGACAACGAGGAGGAAGAGAGGCGUAGAGAACCCAAAUUGGAUUUGGAAGUUUAUUAUAACAAGCAUCGCCUUCCCGACUUCAUCACCGUUUAUAUACCCGCCGAAGAUUCUCGCAAUGGCAAACCGAAAAAUAUUGUCGUGGAAAUACUCAACAAAGCCAUUUCGAAACCAUUUUUGUGUGGUUAUGUGGACAAGAACACGGGUAUCGAAUACUUAGAUGCCUUCACCCAAACUGGCCCUUUUAUCAAUAAAUGUAAAUACAAUGGGCAGCUUUCACGGGAUACUCAGACCAUUGAGCACAAAGUGAAGCUGGUGGACACAAUGCACGAUCAAACUUCACAAUGUUGGUUGGAUGGCAAUAAUGUUCGCUACUGGUCUGAAGCUACCGACUAUUAUAUAACAGCGGGCCAGUAUAUUACCCAUGCCCAACAGGAACGUGUGAAAAAUAAACUGGGUAAAAUAUGUCUAAUACAGAGGAAUUUUCGACGCUACAAAUGGAUGAAAUGGAUGCGUCAAUGUGCCGAAGAAUAUAGACGCUUGGUGGCCAAUCGUUUGGCCGAAGAAGAGUCAUUCCAACAAGUCCAAGAACGGCGCAUUAAACGUGAACAGAGGGCCAAACAAUUUCCGCGCACUCAAGAUGAUUUCGAUUUACUCUAUGGUGAGGUACAAAAAUGGAAAAUGGCCGAAUUGAAACGUAUUGCCAGUAUGUAUGAGGGUGCUGCAAGGGUGGCCGAGGUCAAUAUUCUGCUAGAUAAAGAAAUACAGUUGCUAAAUGGGAUCGAACGACAACGUCAAAUUGUCUCCGAGGCUAUGAAAGAUUUUCGCCAAGAACAAAUGUUAAAGAAAAUGGGUGAGCCCAUUAAAUGGGUGGGUUAUGGAGAUACCGUUAUCCAUUUGGAUUUGCUGAGAACUCAACGGGUACGUUUCCUAACCGAAAUCUAUAAGGAUCUACAAAAACCCCUUAAGAAACCGGAACGUUUGGAGUUGAUAACAAAAGUUCGUGAGAUCUUGGUGAAUGAACAGGAUUUUCCGGAUUUUGGAGAGCUUUUCGAUUUAUUUGAUCGUGAAAGGAAUCUUCUGGUCUAUACCAAACAUUGUGAUGUGGAGAUUUUGCGCAAACGUCAAAAUAUACUCUUUGUGGAGCUGAUUAAAUUCGAUAGAGAACCUAAAAAGCAUAAACAGGGUAAUCGCAUGUGUUGGGUCUGUAAGCAGGUCAAGCCCUAUUCUCAAUUUGCCAUACGAACAAGACAAUUCCAGGUGGAUACCUGUAAGAAAUGUUAUUAUCUAAAGGUGGCAUCUACGGAAAAUGUUGUGUACACAGCCAUUCUCAGAUCCAUACAACGCGAUGAACGUAAGAAGCAUUGCAGCAGUUCGAUGGCAUUUAUAAUGCAAGUGGAUGAUAUACGCCACAUCGUCGAUCAAAUAUGGCAUGGUCAUUCCGUAUUGAGUAAAUGCAAUAAUUUGUCAAGAUUGAGGUUACCCCGCUGGAACAAAAGCGAAGAAUGGUCACCAUGGAAUUGUAUUUGCCUAACGGACACGGAGGCCCGCAAUCAUAAUCGUGUUGAAGAUUUGGAAAGUGUUUACGAUCUGAAGACCCGACUCGAGGUGGCCAAUCGUCAUAUGUUGGCGAAAAACGCCUUCCACAAUCUGGCCUCAGUUUCGGUGGAAUUUACUGAAACCGGUCAAUGGUGGAAUGUGGGAUUGAAUCGUCAGCGUAAGGUACGCAUUGAUCAUAUGACCACCGGCACCGGUGCAAAAGGUAUCGAUAUGAGAUGUAAGGAUAGUGCCGAAGAUCGCGAUUAUCAAUUGGGUAAAAUUAUGUGA